AUGCCCAAUCGACACGGUAUUGUUCCGAUUCAACCGUAUCGUCUACACCGGACGCAAAUGCCUCCUCGUGGCGCCGACGACGGAACCAACCCUCUUCUAGUCCGAACUGAUCGCGGGCCCGAGUCAUCCGGACCGCGUCGUGGAGCUGGUAACGAAGCCUUUACUGAUUGGGUACACGGUAUGGAGCCGGUCUCAACUGGACGUUAUCUCCCUAUGGAUAGCCCAGUAAGCUUCAUGCAUGCUAUCAUGCAAGCCAUCGGCCAGGGUGGACCAGGCUUGGGCGUCAUCAGUCGCCCUGACGGCAUCCAUGUUCACCUUGAUAGAAAUACUAUUCUGCCAAACCGCAUCCAGGGCAUCCAGGAUAUUUUCGGGUUGGGCAGAACCCAGGCUCCCCCACCACGGACUCGAGACGAUCCUUCUCAGGCAGUUAGUUUUGCCUUGGCAACAACUAGAAGCCGCUGGCAAGAAGAAUCUCGUAUCCUCUUCAACAGCGGUUAUCUUGAAAAGACCCAGCGCGUCCUCAACUCGCUACUUAAGAUUCUCGUACCCCCGGCUAUCGAGGAGAAUAAGCAGCGGGAAGAAGAGCGUAAACGCCAAGAGGCGGAACGUGCAGAGCGUGAACGUCAGGAACGCCUAGCCAAGGAAGAGGAAGAGAAAGAGCGGAAACGUAAGGAGGAGGAGGAGGAGGAGGAGGAGGAGGAGGAGGAGGAGGAGGAAAGUGCUCGCCAGCAACAGGAAAGAGAACAACAGCAGGAGGUCGAGCGCCAGGCGUCAGACGUCGUUCCGGAACCAAUGGAUGAUGUACAGCAAACUAACACGGCUGCUGAAGCAAGCGCCACAACACAGCAGAGUCAGCCUGAACCUGGUCCAUCUGAGCCAGCUCAGCGGGUACAUACAACCAUAAGGGGCCGCCAGCUCGAUAUCACGGGCAUGGAGAUCGAUCCGGAAUAUCUUGAAGCACUACCUGAAGAGUUACGGGAGGAAGUUAUCAUGCAGCAACUGGCGGAACAACGGUCCCAGGCAGCGGCCGCUGGCGAAGAGCCUAGUGAAAUUAACCCUGAAUUCCUCGAAGCACUGCCUGCUGAGAUACGCGAAGAGCUUCUCCAGCAGGAAGCAGCCGACCGCCGCCGCAGAGAACGUGAAAGUGCCCGCAGGCAAACAGGAACUGGUGGUACUCCUGCGCAUGCUGAAGAGAUGGACCCGGCCAGCUUCCUCGCGACUCUCGACCCAAAUCUACGGCAAGCCGUCCUCGCUGACCAGACCGAAGACAUUCUCGCAAGUCUUGGCCCUGAAUUUGUUACAGAAGCCCGUGCGAUUCCUGGGACGAGAGGGAGACUUGCUCAAUUUGGCGAUAUCUCACGCAUGGAUCAUCGCCACAGACCAAAUCAAGCGAAUGACCAAGAACCCAAGAAACAGCAACGACGUCAGAUUGUUCAGAUGCUAGACAAAGCUGGGGUCGCAACGUUACUUCGCUUGAUGUUCAUGCCCCUCCAAGGAAAUGCGCGCCAUCAGCUUAAUGACAUCCUUCAUAACGUUUGCGAGAACCGCCAAAACCGGAUUGAAGUCAUCAGCCUACUUCUUUCUGUCUUGCAGGAUGGGAGCACUGACGUGUCUGCGAUCGAAAGGAGUUUCGCUCAGCUCUCGCUUCGUGCCAAACCUUCGGCCGUACAGAAAACUCCACAGUCUGUCAAGCGAAGCCUAAGCUUCCAGUCGUCGUCAAACGUCAGCAAUGAAGUGACUCCGAUAAUGGUUGUACAGCAAUGUCUGGGGACACUCUCAUUUCUGUCCCAGUAUAAUCCCCACAUUGCGUGGUUCUUCUUAACGGAGCACGAUCCGGCGUCCGCCCUGAAGCUGAAAUCAUUCCGCAAGGGAAAGGGCAAGGAGAACAAAGCCAACAAAUUUGCAAUCAACGCUUUGCUCUCAUUGCUAGACCGAAAAUUGAUCCUGGAAAGCCCCAGCUGCAUGGAGCAACUAUCUAGCUUACUUGCCAAUAUCACUCAGCCCCUAACUCUACUGCUUCGCCGUGAGAAAGAAAAACAAGCGGAGGAAGACAAAGGCAAACAGCCUGAGCGUGCCGAGGGCGAGCAGCCAAGCCAGCCUCAGCAAACACAACCUACCGAAACAACGGAAGUUAUAGAACCUGCGGUGGACACGAAUAUGGUUGACGCGCCCCCGGCUACUGAAAGUGCAGACUCACAAGGUGCAGCAGCAAUGGACCAGCCUCAAGAGAACCCCUCAACAGACGCCAAGGCAGAGAACGUAAAGGGUGAAGAUGAGAAACAUAAGAGGCGGACGAUCGAGCCUCCUGUAAUCCCCGACUUCAACUUCAAAUUGGUUGUCCACGUUCUUGCAGCGCGCGAGUGCAACGGAAAGAUCUUCAGGGACACUCUUUCGACUAUCAACAACCUGUCUGCUGUUCCUGGCGCUCGGGACAUCAUUGGAAAUGAGCUUGUCAAUCAGGCUCAGACUUUGAGCACGACGAUUCUUCUCGAUCUGGAUGAGUUGAUUUCGCACAUUCAUGAAGCCCAAACUGGAACAGAUAUGCAGGGAUUGGCACUCGCAAAGUUUUCUCCAGCCAGCUCCGAUCAGGCCAAGCUGCUUCGUGUGCUAACAGCGCUUGACUAUCUCUUUGAUCCGAAUCGUGCAGACAAGGCCAAGGGGACUGAUUCUGAUGGCACAGUAAGAGGGGAUGUCCUCCAGACGUUGUAUGAGAGUUCAACUUUUGGGCCCUUGUGGACCAGACUCAGCGAAUGUUUGACCCUCGUUCGUCAGAAGGAGAACAUGAUGAACGUGGCGACAAUUCUUCUACCUUUGGUCGAAGCUUUGAUGGUCGUUUGCAAGAACACCACUCUCAAAGACACGUCUGUUGUUCGCAAUAGCCGGGAACUGUCCGUGUCAAGCACAUCUGGCGACGCAGGCCUGAGCAUGGAAAGUCUUUUCUUCAAGUUUACGGAAGAACACCGCAAGAUCUUGAACGAACUGGUCCGGCAAAACCCACGCCUGAUGAGUGGAACAUUCUCACUACUGGUCAAGAACCCUAAGGUCUUGGAAUUUGACAAUAAGCGAAACUACUUCACUCGCCGACUCCAUUCCCGCGGUGCUGAGCCGCGUCACCCCCAUCCUCCCCUUCAACUGGCCGUGAGGAGAGAUCAGGUCUUCCUGGACUCCUUCAAGUCCUUGUAUUUCAAGAAUGCCGACGAAUUGAAAUACGGAAAACUGAACGUUCGUUUCCAUGGAGAAGAGGGUGUUGAUGCCGGCGGCGUUACGAGGGAAUGGUUCCAAGUCCUCGCUCGUGGCAUGUUCAAUCCAGAUUACGCACUCUUCAUCCCAGUCGCGGCCGACAGGACCACCUUCCACCCCAACAGAUUGAGUGGCGUCAACCCUGAGCAUCUGAUGUUCUUCAAGUUCAUCGGGCGUAUUAUUGGUAAAGCCCUGUACGAGGGACGCGUGCUUGACUGCCAUUUCAGUCGAGCAGUCUACAAAUGUAUCCUCGGCCGAAACGUGUCCAUCAAGGACAUGGAGACCCUUGAUCUGGACUACUACAAGUCACUUCUCUGGAUGCUCGAGAACGACAUUACGGACAUCAUUACAGAGACUUUCGCCGUUGAGACAGAUGACUUUGGGGAGAAGCAGGUCAUUGACUUGAUCGAAAAUGGGCGAAACAUCCCGGUGACUCAAGAGAACAAGGAAGAAUACGUGCAGAAGGUGGUAGAUUACCGCCUGGUCGUCUCCGUUCGGGAGCAGUUGGACAACUUCCUCAUAGGGUUUCACGAGAUUAUCCCACCGGAGUUGAUCUCUAUCUUUAAUGAGCAGGAGCUGGAGUUGUUGAUUUCCGGUCUCCCUGAGAUUGAAGUGGAUGACUGGAAGGCGAACACAGAGUACCACAACUACUCUGCUUCGUCCCCUCAAAUCCAGUGGUUCUGGCGAGCCGUACGCUCAUUCGAUAAAGAAGAACGCGCCAAAUUGCUGCAGUUUGUCACCGGCACCAGUAAAGUGCCUCUCAAUGGCUUCAAGGAGCUCGAGGGCAUGAAUGGUGUCAGCAGAUUCAACAUCCACCGUGACUACGGAAACAAGGAUCGCUUGCCAAGUUCGCACACAUGUUUUAACCAACUUGAUCUCCCCGAAUACGAUAGCUACGAAACUUUGCGGCAGCGCUUGUACAUUGCCAUGACCACGGGUAGUGAAUAUUUCGGGUUCGCAUAA